AUGGCAACACCAGCCCCGAGAAGAAGUCAGCGGAUCGCAGCCUCUCGAGAUGGAAGUCGCGCAGGAUCAGUUGUUUCCGAUGAUGCACAACCUGGUUUGUAUCGCCUCCCCUCUACACAAAAGCAAGAGCAAGAGCAAGAGACCUUCGCCUCGGCAGCAACGAGUUUGUUGACGCGGGAAACCCCAGCCAAAAUCACGAAGACACCGAGCAAGAAACAAGCCCGAACAAAGACCACCAUCACGUUUGACGCAGCCGCUGCUAUCGAUUGCAUUAUGCGAGAUCGCACUCACAUCCAAACACUGACCAACAUGCAAAAAGACGCAGUCAUCUCGGCCUUCGCCGUAAGGGAGGAGGGCCUCCGUGAUCAGCUGGCCAGCCAACGCUCUCAACUCACCACCCAAGAUUCCCAAAUCGAGGAGCUUACCCGAGAGCGCGACGAAGCGAAGCGCAAGUACGAGCAGAAGCGCACACUGCGCGAAUCACUCUUCUACGAGAGGGUCCAAAAGCAGAGCCAGGAGAGCAAACAAAGCCAGCAGCAAACAUCAAGCACACCCGUGCCGGCCGCCUCGACUGCUCUCGUUACUCAUGCUACUCCAAUGUCGUCGCCAGAGCCACCCAAACAAAGCAAUGAGCUUGAGACAUCCACGGCGCUUGUUGUCGCAACACCGCAUGAAUCUGCUCUAGAAACACCCAGAUCUUCAUUCUUCGGCCGCAUAUUCAAAACUAUCGCCUCGCCCUUCUCGACCCGCCGAUCGAGCGAUUCAUCGUCACCUCAGGCUUCGCAAGCGCAGAAGCCACUGGGAGAACUUCCUUCUUCGCGCAAGCGUUCAGCUCCAGAACAAGAACCAGAGCGACCUGUCCAGCCAGAAGAGAGACCAGAACAGCAGCAGCCAAGACCGCGACCAACACCACAACGGAAGACUGCUCAACCACCGCAAUCGCGUGCGCAGACACCUUAUCAACCAGCAACGCUUGAACCCAUCAGCGAGAAAGCGGAAUCAGAGCAGCGCGCCAGCAUGAGCAUGCCUGAUCCGACGCCUUCGCGACCUCCGCGCAGCGUAGCGAAGCUCCGAAGAGCUGCUCGCGAACAGGACAACACACCGAGUGCAAAGACGCCCGGCCGAGUGUGGACGCGCCAGCCAGCACCAAAGGAGCCAAACGCAGACGCCCGUCUUGAAAAGCUGCGACGGUUUCACGAAGCGCAGCGCACUGUCAACACAAUGAAAGACGACGAGGACAUCAAAGACAUGGUCCCACGUCCUACGAAGAGAGUCAAAAUUGAUGAUCUCGUAUCCAUACCACACAACCGCCCGGGCGACUCAGAGUCGACCUUUAGGGUGUACGACGUCGACUCCGAUGACGAAAUGGAGGUCGAUGCAGAGUUCGCCGAGAUCCGGCAGAACAUAUUCAAAGCGUCAACGACGCAGGAAGAGGACGAUAAGAAGGAAGAGGAAACGCCGAAGCCAGUGAAAGAGACACCCAACGUGAUCAAGCAAUCAGUGGAAGUCCCAAAGAUGACGUUCGACUUUCCCAGUGUUGGAUUGAUGCCAGAAGACCAGCGAGAUCGCCCUUACAACGAAUACUUGGGCGCGAAAUUCUCCUGGGGUCUGGCGGAAUGGCUUAGGACUGGAGAGCAAGUUGUUCAGUGGUGA